AUGGGAUUUGUUGAUUUCCUCACAGAUGCUGGUCUCACCACCCUCAACAGCUGGUUGACCACCCGUUCCUACAUCGUUGGAUAUUCUCCUUCCCAAGCCGAUGUCGUCUCCUUCAAGGCCCUCCCUUCCGCACCUGAUUCCGCCAAGUACCCACAUGCAGCCAGAUGGUACAAGCAUAUUGCAUCAUACGCUGAAGAGUUCGCAACUCUUGAAGGUGAUGCGUCCAAGGCUUACACCACCUACGGCCCUGAUGUCGCUGAGGUCACCCUGAACCCAGCCAAGGCACCAGCUGCUGAGGAGGACGAUGAUGUCGACUUGUUCGGUAGCGACGACGAGGAGGAGGAUGCUGAGGCCGAGAGAAUCAGAAAUGAGCGUCUAGCUGAAUAUGCAGCUAAGAAGGCCGGAAAAACUAAGCCUGCUGCCAAAUCCGUGGUCACUAUGGAUGUCAAGCCUUGGGACGAUGAGACCGACAUGAAGGCUCUUGAGGCUUCCGUCCGUUCCAUCGAGAAGGACGGUCUCGUUUGGGGUGCUUCAAAGUUGGUUCCUGUUGGUUUCGGUAUCAAGAAGCUCCAGAUCAACUUGGUUAUCGAGGAUGACAAGAUUGGUCUUGAUGACUUGCAAGAGGAGAUUGCCGAAUCCUUCGAUGAAUACGUUCAAUCUUCUGAUAUCGCUGCCAUGCAAAAGUUGUAG